AGGCAAGGAUAUGUAGAAGUGUUGGAAGGAGAAUGGUUCGCAAGAUCGGCGGUGGUAUUAGUAGAGGAAGCCAAAUAAAAAGGUAGAUCGGUAAAAACUGCAAAAAUAUGAAGGUUAGGGACAUCUCGGUCAACUUGGAGGAGGGGAAGUAAUUCACAGUGACAGGUGGACAACGGUAGUAGAUAAAGGUGAGAGUAGUGAUGUUGGCGAACGAGAUGGCUCAGAGACAGCAUGUAGUUAAAGUGUAUUGGAUAGAGGUAUGAUGAGUCUAAAGCACCUUCCUAUAUGUAUGUAGGCCUACUGAAGAACAAGUGAGCUGAGUGAUGAGGGUGGAGUGAUCAAUACAGGCGGCAGAGAUAUGAGAGAGGUACCUCUAUGAAUUAUAAGAUGGACAAUAAGUGGGAUUGAGCAAUAUGUCGAUGGAGUUGAAUGAAGGAUGUAUAAUGAGAACAGCAAAUGUAAGACUAGCAGGGUAGAAAUGUUGAUUUUAAAUUUUGGCACAAGGCCAGCAAUUUCGGGGACGGUGUUAAGUUGAUUGAAUCGACCUCAAUGUUCAAUUGGUACCUAUUUUAUUGACUAUGAAAAGAUGAAAGGCAAAGUCAUCUUUGGCAGUAUUUAAACGAAGAAUGUGAAGAGGGAUAAAAUGCUCCUAAACAUUAAACUCGACAUGCUAACAAUUCUGCCAGCUUGCCACCUUUAGCAGCUUCUAGACUCAACCCAUGAGUUAGAGUACAUGUGAUGGAUGGAGAAGUCUUCUUCAGAAUUUUGUAUUGGCAAUCAUCUUCAGGAUGAAAUGGAGAAAACAUUAAAGGAGAAAACAUUCCAAUGUCAGGUGUGUGAUGAAACUUUUCCUGAAUACAGAGAUCUUGAGAAACACGUUUCAGUUCAUACUGAGGUAAAGCCAUUCCGAUGUGAGGUCUGUGGCCGAAUUUUUGACCGUAGUUCUCAUCUUCGGAAUCAUGUAAAGACUCAUGUUAACAAAGAAUCAUUCCAGUGUGAUAUCUGCAACAAAACGUUUGCCUGCAGUUCUUGGUUGCAGAGGCAUACGAGGAGUCACACAGGAGAGAAACCAUUCCAGUGUGAGAUUUGUGGUAAAAAAUUUUCAAACAGCUCCCACCUACAGCGUCACAUCAGAAUACACACAGGUGAGAGACCAUUCCAAUGUGAGAUUUGCAGCAAAAAUUUCUCAGACACUUCACACUUACAGAGGCAUAUGAAGACGCAUACUGAUGUGAAGCCUUUCCAAUGUGAGUUCUGUGGCAAACACUUUGCUGCCUCUGCCACUCUGAACAUUCAUGUCAAAAGACACAUUGGGGGGAAACCAUUUCAGUGUAACAUUUGUGGCAAACAUUUUGGACGUAACUUCCAUUUGAAACGACACAAAGCCAUUCACACAGACAAAAUUUCCACAAACUGCGAAAUAUGUGGGAAACACUUCUUGUAUAGCUCCAAUCUUCAGGAACACAUGAGGACUCAUUUUAAUGAAAAACCUUUUCCAUAUGAAACAUGGUAAAACUCCCACAAAAUCUCCCUCUUGACCAGUAUGAAAUUGACCAUAACAUAUAUUCUAACAAUGAGAGUCAUUGUUAAAAUGUGUGUUUUUUUUUAUUUACUUCAGUGAGGGAGACAUCUUCAAGUUCUGACAAAAAGAAAUCCAACCCUCAUAACAGAAAUAAAGCAAAAUAAAUUAGGUUCAGCUCCACUUGGAACUAGAAUUUCAGUGUUUCAUCUGCCCUAUGUAUCUGUAAAUAUAUAUUAAAAUGUUAUAAAGACAUCCUAUUUGUAACGAGCCUGUCUUUAACUAAGGAUUUAUGAAGAUUCUGAACAAAUAACAGACACAAAAUCUUUUAAUCUUUAGGGUAAAGGUUAUUAUGUAGUUUUGUAUUUGAUAUUCUUGCUUUUGAUCAACUUCCUGUAUGUGUUUGUCAGGCAGGAGACACACACAAGACUAUCAUCAAGGUUGGGAUAGGACUUAGCAUGACAAUCACACAAGAGCUCUCUUAAUAUUUGAUUUUUUUUAAUUCAUAAAUCUGGGAUAAGAGGCACUAACUUGUAAAAUAAAUAAAUAAAUUAUAUACAAUAAAGUGAAAUGAAAUAAAUAGUAUCAACACUUCUGAUUGUAAAACUGAAAUUCUUAAUGUAAACUACAACUGGAAAUUGUUUUUCAUCUGUUGCAAAUCUUGAAUGACCUCAAAUUAAAAAUUCACACCU